UCAAAUUUGUUUGUUAUACUUUGUUUUGACACAACCGAGUUCUCCCCAUCCUGCAAGCAAUCGCUCGCCGGCUUUAUCUCCGUCUCCAAUCUCCUUCUACGACCAGACGCGAACGGCGAACCGCAACCACCUCUGCUGCUACGCUAGCCACCACCACCAACCACGAUGUGCACGCUGGAGCAGCGCGGCCGCGUGUUCGUGCUCACGCUCACCGGCGACGGCGAGCACCGCCUCGGCCACUCCCUCAUCGGCUCCAUCCGCGCCGCCGUCUCAUCCGUCGCGGCGGCGGCGGCGGCGGCCGGGCCGGGCGCGGCGCUGGUCACCGUGGCGGAGGGGCGGUUCUUCUCCAACGGACUCGACAUCGGCCCUGGCGGGAUCCCCCCCUCGCGGGUCGGGGAGCUCGUCGUGGCGCUCCGCCCCCUCGCCGCCGAUCUCCUCGCGCUCCCCAUGCCCACCGUCGCCGCCGUCACGGGCCACGCCUCCGCGGGCGGGUUCCUCCUCACGCUCUGCCACGACUACCGCCUCAUGCGCGCCGACCGCGGCGUGCUCUACAUGAGCGAGAUCGACAUCGGCCUCCCGCUCCCGCCCUACUUCGUGGCCAUCCUCCGCGCCAAGAUCACCGCCGCGCACGCCCUCCGCGACGUCACCCUCCGCGGCAGGAAGCUCAAGGCCGCGGAGGCCAAGGAGAUGGGAAUCGUCGACGUGGUUUGCCCCACCGCCGCUGAAACGGCGGCCGAGGCCGUCAAGCUCGCCGAGCAGUUGGCGGCGCGGAAGUGGAACGGGAACGUGUACUCGUCCAUUAGAAUAUCCAUGUUCCCUGAGGCUUGCAGGUCCGUCGGAAUUGUCGAGGAGAGCGAUGAGGAGAAGAGGAAUCACUUUGCUUCUAAGCUAUGAGGAUGUGAAAGGGAUUCUGUGGAAGUGGACCAUUGAGCUCUUCUCAACAUUAUGUGUACAUUGGCUAGCCAAGUAGCCAUGGAUGCUUUGUAUGAAGGACCAAAUAAUCCAGUAUAUAUAAUUUCUGGAAAGCUUGUAAACUGUUGCUCUAUCUGCAAGUGGGGAAUAUAUUCCAGUUCCUUUGCACCACCUUGAGUCCUUGAUUAAAGAAUUAAUGAAAAUUCUCACUGCGGAAUUACCAUAUGUUCUCCCUGGAACGUUGGAACUUUUGGACAAUGUUCCACGUCAUUGUCAAGAAUCAAGAUGACAGUUGACGGCACUGUGCCAACUGCCAAGCCGGUGUAUCAGACUUAGGCCCUGUUUGGGGGAGUUUCUAGCUGCGGUAGCUUUUCGCAGAAUCAGAAACUUCCCCCAAAUAGUUCAGCUUUUAAUUUAAAUUCUGAGAAGUUGUAAUUGUAGAAUGCAAAAAAUGAGCUAGAAGCCAGAAGCUGGGUUAGUAUUA